UUAAAUCCAUUUUUUCUUUUCGUUCCUUCAUGCUCCUUUUCUACGAAGAGAAACCAAACAAACAAACAAAGUCUCUUAUAUCUUUUUUUUUCUUUUUUCUUUUUUCAUUUCAUUUCAUCGAUUCCAGAUCAAUCAUCUUCAAUCUCUUCAAUUCCAUCAAACCCCACGUCUAAUUCCUUCUAAUUUCUCAUACCCAUUUCCAAAAUCUUGCUAUUAAACACAAUCACACUCACACUCACCCCCAUUUUCUUUCCCAUUUUUCCCAUCUCCAAAUGCUUCAUCUUUCUUCUUCUCAUCUCUUGAUUCCCUCUUUUCACUGGCUUUCCCUUCUUUGAUUCUUUUGUUUCUGAGUCCAAUCUCAAAUGGGUUUUUGAGAUAAUGAACGUAAAUUUCUCUUAUGAACAAAUGUUCAACAGGGCAUGCAGAGUUGAGGUACGUGGUUGAGGUUUUUGAUUCUUUUUGGGGUAUGGCGAAUCGGGUUGUUAAAGUGAAGAGGGAAGCCAUUGCAGCAUGCAUAACUUGCCCACUUUGUAAUAAGCUCUUGAAAGAAGCUACUACCAUUUCUGAAUGUCUUCAUACUUUUUGCAGAAAGUGCAUAUCUGAUAAGAUUUCCGAUGAGGAACUAGAAAACUGUCCAGUAUGUAAUAUUGACCUCGGGUGCGUCCCACUGGAGAAAUUAAGGCCAGACCACAAUCUAGAAGAUUUAAGGGCCAAGAUUUUCCCUAGUAAAAGGAGAAAAGUCAAGACACCCGAAGUUGCUCCUGUUAUACUACCACCAGUUAGAAGAAAGGAAAGAUCACUUUCCUCAUUGGUGGUCAAUAGUCCUAGAGUGUCAAGUCAUGCUACUGCAACUGGAAGAAGAACAGCAGCUGCUGCGGCAAGAAUUGCUUCUAUUUUACGAACACCAAGAGUCUCUUCUGAGAAGCGAGUGAAGAAAGAGGAUGAUUCCGUGGAUGACCAUUCAGAGAGCUCAAGUUCUCUCGAGACAUCAGACAAAUUCAAUCAGAAUAAAAGGCCGGAUUCCAGUCCUACCAAGUCUACCAUGCCUUUGCGAAAUAAAGAAGCCGAAAAUGGUGUUAACUCAGUGGAAGGGAACUUGGAUAUCUGGAAACCUCUAAAUUUCUUAGUUGAAGUUGCAAAUAGGAGUAAAUGUUCCAAAUCUAGUUCACAAGGAUUUGAAACUAAAGUUGAGCCUGCAGAAGUCGAUGGAAGUGAAGCUCAGGCCAGCAAAUCUAGAAAUAGGGAAGGCAAACGCAAGCAAAAACGUGAGAAUGGAAAAACUAGAGCGGACCCAGUAUCUCCAGAAACUGAAAAACCUAAGAAACUUCGUAGGGUCCACCAGAAAAGGGAAUCUUUUUAUGGGGACUCCAGCCUUACACCCCAGGUUGUGUUAGAUGCCUCUAGUGCUCGGCAUGAAAUAAGAGCUGGUCCAAUUUGGCUUUCACUCAUAGCUUCUGAUCAGGAAGGAGAUAUAUCGUUGCCGCAAAUUCCUGCUAAGUAUUUGAGAAUAAAUUUUGGUCACAGGGAUAGAAACUUGCCAGUAUCAUUUGUCCAGAAGUACCUUAUGAGAAAGCUGGAUCUCCCAAGUGAAUCAGAGGUUGAAGUCAAGUGUAUGGGACAUCCAGUAGUCCCCACUCUGGAUUUGCAUAGUUUAGUUGAUUUGUGGCUACAAACAGCCUCAACUUCCGAAAAAAUCCCGGCAUCGAUUGGCUCGUCGGCGGAGGAUUUCAUUAUGGUUCUUUACUAUGCUAGAAAGAUCAUAGUUUCUUGACCUUCAAUUUCCUUCAUAUACAUUAAUCUGCAUCGAAGGGUCUUCACGCAGUUCGCCCUCUGCCUGUCAUCUCUUCGGUAGCCUCGCCAUGAUUCUUGAUCAGAGCAAACCGAUGCAAAGCCAGUGAAAAGGCCCCGAAAUGUUUCUCGAGUAUAUACCUGAUUCCGGGUGCUCAGUUUAAAUGACUGCAUCAAUCCCAGUUGCUCAAAAGCUUCUUAGAUUUAAGAUUUUGUAAUAUUUGGAGAUAAUGAUAGAACAUUUUAGAGUAAGCUAACAGCUAUUAUGGGAGUACCAUAAUACACACUUGAAAUUCUUUAUACACCCACAUCAUUAAAUAAAGCCAACGACAAUCUCCUUUAUUUAAAAUUAACCAUGUGGUGUGGGUGUAAUGAAAUAUUUUAAAUGUGUGUUUUGUUUAGGAACUCCCUCAGCAGCUGCUUUUACUUUGUUAAAAUAUGUACUUGAACAAUACCAAAUUAUCCUCAUUAUUCUAAUAAAGUUUCAUAUCUCUCUCCACUGAUUAA